CUUGCUGGGGGCUUAUGCUUGCUGUAAGGCCUUAAAAGCAACAGAGUUGCCUGUUGUCGUGACUCCAGUUGGUUUAAGCACCAUAGUACACACUGUGCUUCCACAAACGCACAGGAGCUCAGCGACCGAAGGCGCAAGACUCAGAGCCUGCCCAGGGCCCCGAGUUCAAAAACUUACAGUGUACAUGGGAUAAUGCACGAGAGCCAAUAGAAAGGACAAAGAAGAAAGUCAUGCAUGCGAGGGCUGCAGGCCUGUGCAACACCUGAAAGCUGCUUCUUAGCGAGUGUGCGUUCAGCAAAUCCAGGCUCGUCAAACAUCAAUAAUUCAAAUAUAUUACAUAAUAACCUUCGACAAUUGUGGGGGAGUCGACGCACAUACUAAUUAUGGAGUGACCGUUGUUUUGACUGUACUCGCUCGCUGAUGGCUCCACCUAGAUGCAUAAUACCUAGCGCGCAGGCGAUGAAAAGGAUGGGCAAGUUACCCGGCCGCGUGGCGCUGCUACGGGCUGCAUGGUUCGCGUUCUCCCUGAUGGGUUUGUUCAGUUGCGGCGCUUCCACGAGAGAUGACCGGCCAAACAUUGUGUUGGUGCUGGUGGAUGACCAAGACUAUAUGCUGAACAGCACGCACCCGCGCUACAUGCCGGAGCUCGACCGCCUGGUGCGACAGCGAGGCCUGGAGGUCCAGCACUUCAUCACCUCCUACGCCAGCUGCUGCCCCAGCCGCACCUCACUCCUCACAGGCCGGCACUGCCACAACACAAACAUGACCUCAAACGCCUGGCCGUACGGCGGCUAUAUCAAGUUCAAGCUUGAUCAGUUGGACGACCAAUACUUGCCUGUGUGGCUGCAGGCUGCCGGCUACGACACAUACUACGUCGGCAAGUUCCUCAACGGAUUCACGACGGACUCGGCGGCAGCGCUGGGAUGCCCAGGCGGCUGGACGGACCUGGACGGUCUGGCGCAGGGCGACACGGGCGGCGGCGAGGAGCUCUACUACCGUGACACACCCGUGUUCCUGAGGAACUGCCGCCUCACAGGCGCGCCAGCAGCUGCCGCAGAAGCUGGCGCCCGAGCAGGGGAACCCGCUGGAGCAGCUGCAGGUGUCGGGGCCGGGGCAGGGGCAGGGAAGCAGCAGCCGCAGCCGGGCGGGUCGGCGGAGCUGCUGGAUGCGGAGCGCUGGCCAGACACGUUCCUGGAGCCGGUGGUGCGGCAGAAGGCGCUGUCGUACAUCGAUGCUGCAGCGGCCAAGGGCAAGCCCUUCUACCUGCAAGUCAACACCUUUGCGCCGCACGACUCCGAGGGCGGCUCGGACGCGCUGCCCGAGGUGGAGGUCAAGUACCGGGGCCUGUACGCCGAUGUCAAGCUGCCAAAGAGCGCCAACUUUGCUGUGCAAGUGCCCAAGCAAAUCGGCUACUACUGGCCUACCGAUGUGAAGGAAGCGCUGCCCAGCAUCACGGCCCGAUACCGAGCUCGGCUGCAGGCGCUGCGCUCCGUGGACGACACGGUGUCGGCGCUGGUGAGCCGGCUGGCCUGCCGCGGGCUGCUGAACCGCACCGUGUUCAUCUACACCUCCGACAACGGAUUCAAACUUGGCAACCACGAUAUCACGCAGGAGAAGUUCACGCAGUACGAGGAGGAUGUGCGGCUGCCGCUGCUGAUGACGGGUCCCGGUAUUCCGGUGGGUGCCGCCACCGGCUCCGAGUUCCAGGCGGCCAUGACCGACAUCACCGCCACCGUGCUGUGGCUGGCGGGCGCCACCACCGGCAGCACCACAAUUGAUGGCUCCGCACUGCCGCUGCCCGACUUGAUGGCUCGCUACUCCGCCACCACAGCUCUGGAUGGAGCCGCGGGUGACGUCAACACACAGUUCUGCACCCCCGCGCCGCCGCCCGACCCACCCAACCCGCCCGCGCCGCCCCGCCCGCCGCCGAUGGCUUCACCGCCUCCAAAGCAACCCAACAGCCUCUUCAGCCUGUUCCCCCGGCCGCCGCCGGGUGGCGGCAGCGGUGAAGAUGGCGGCGGUGUGCCGAAGCCAGCGACAGCGCCACCAUCGCCUGCCCCAUCUCGGCAGCGGCCACCUCCGUCACCCCCUUUGUCGCCGCGGCCGCCCACAACUCAGCCGCUGCCGCGGCCGUCUCCACACCAAGCGCAACCUGAGCCGGUGGCACGGCCGCCACCCAUACCGCCUUCUCCAACGCCAUCGCCGACGCCGGCAGUGACGCUCCCGCCAGCUUCCCACCCCACAGCGGCCCCUCUGCCACCCUCACCUGCACCCGUGCGGCCACUUCCCCCUUCACCGGAGCCGUCACGCAGCAGUCCGUCGCCGAUGCCACCCAGCCCCACCGCUCAGCUGCUUCCGCCGCAGCCGCUGCCGCCACAACCUUGGCCACCGCAGCCGCAACCCCGCCCGACAGCGGACCCUUCUCCGGGGCGACAGCCGCAUGCAGCUGCACCGACCCCGCGCAAAACCAAGAACCCUCCUAGGGCCCUUCCGCCACCAAGUGUCAGGGCAGGCCAGCGCCGCCAGACCACGGCUGCAGCGGUUCAUGGCAACCAGCAGCAGCAGCGGCAGCAGGUGGUACCGGCAGCCGCGGCCACUUCCGUCCCUGCCACUGACAGCGUGCCCCUCAUCCAUAUGCUGGGGGGCUGGCGGCCGGCGGGCUGGUCUUGGCAGCACGACCUUUGGAUCCAGGAGCACGCGGAGGGGCUAGGCCUGCACAGCUGGGUCGAAGAGGUCAGAGCCGCCGCCGCCACCACCUCGGCCGCGCUCAACGGCAGCUCUGGACCCAUGAGCACUGCAGCGGCAGGGCAAGACGCACUGCUCGCAGCUUUGGCAGCGCGUCCACUGAAGCAGCUCGUCGACGGACCUCGACUGGCCUGGUACUCGGAGGAACGCGUGCGGGUGGCGCUGCGGGAGGCAGCGGAGCAGGUGGUGGCACGACAGGCAGCCCUUAGGGCGAUGUCAGGCACCGAAGGCACUGACACGGCGGGCGCGGUCGCUGCUCACAACCAACGGCAUGUGCUGCUGGACGCAGCUGCGGGAACGGCGGGGAGUGCUGGCGGGCCGGUGCCGGCCUCUCGCCUGGAGAGCUGGAGCAACGUGGCGCUGAUUGAGGCGUGGCUGGACGGCGUCUUCAAGGGCAAAUACUAUAAGGCCAUUCGGGCCUGCACCACACACCAGGCCUUCGGCGGUCGCACGCCCUGGACCUGCUACAAGUACACCGUACUGUGCAACAGCGUGAAGAAACAAACGCCCUACCUCACCAACAUUGAGCUGUACGAUCUGGGUCAGGACCCGGCAGAGGUCAAGGACAGGUCCAAGCUUCCCUGGGCUCCUGCCACCAGGAGGCUUAUCGAUAGACUGGACGCACUGCUCACAGUCCUGGCGUACUGCCGAGGAAAUACGUGCAGAGACCCGUUCUCCCGUAUGCACCCCGACGGCGCCGUGACAAACCUUGCGGCCGCCAUGGAUCCAAAGUAUGACAGCUUAUACGGCGCAUUCCAGAAGCUGCAGUACACGCAAUGCGGCAUUUACUACGACCCGAAGAACGAACGCCCCGACCCCUUCCUGGCGGGCAGGACGGAGCAAUAACGACCGAACUAGGCGCCAGCGCUGCUGAUGCUGCUGUUGCCGUAUGCAUGAGACGCAGUGAUCGGGGGCUUGGCCGUGGGCUUGGCGGCACUCGCGCUCCCCCCAUAUAUGCCGACGAGGCGAUGUCCGCCGCAGCGCGUAUGGGGCGGCUAGCUAGGGUAUGUGGGGCUACCUAAAGUAUGGUUGGAUUGAUAAGUGUCUGUGCGUGCGCCAUCCAAUCCCCAGCAUUCCAAGCGUCCUCCCCAUCAUAAUCUUUGCCGGACAACGUCCCCAGUCACCGCUUGAGGAGAAGAAGGAUAUGCAUUCAUAGCUUAUUACCUGUGAGCAGGGGUCGGGUGAUGAUGUGGGGCGCGGUGUAUGGAGGUGGCAUCCUAUAUGUUUAUCUGGGCGCUUCAUUGCGCAAAGCCAAUUGAGCCCACCUCGGGGACAGGUUUGAUUUUGUGGCGUAGAAGCCGCCUCACCCCGGUUAGCGUACGUGCUUGAGUGCUGUGCCGCAGUGCUGUGCCGCAGUGGACACCGGCCGGCCUUAACCUGCGCGCCGGCGCCGCUUCUUGGGCGAGCAAAUACUAAAUACAUGGCGGUUUGACACGAGGACCCUUGCAUGGGAAAAGUGGGCUGCGCCCACGCCACGUCUCUGGUCUGAGGCCGCAAGCGUCUGCCUCAUGUCCCGGACAUAGCCGGG